GCAUAAGUCAAACGAUCCUCCUCUCCUCAGUGGAGUCGUGGUCUUGAACUCUGGAUCGGCACCUCACGGAGAGAAUAUUUUCGAUUGUCUUUGUGUCUUGCCCAAGCACUCUUUCUUUGCACAAGCGCUUUGGCCAUUAUGUCGAACGUCAAUGGCACCAUCACUAUGAUCCCGCCUCCCAAAGGCUAUGUGGUCAACUUUGCGAAUCCGGCGCGGCGACUUACCACAGAGACAUAUACUAUAUUCAUAGUCGAGAACAUUCUGGCGAUUGUCUUCCUCGCGCAGCGGCUUUACACAAAAGUUCGUCUUAUGAAACAAUUUCAAAUCGACGAUGUCACUGUUCUUCUUGCUUGGGUACUCUCAGUCACUACCCAAGCCCUCCUGGUAGCCGGUUUCAUCCAAGGUUGCAUUGGCGCGCACGCCUUCGAAAUUCCCAUCGAACUCUAUGGCUAUUAUUCACGUCUCAUUUUGGCCGCACCACUUGUCUACGCGCCUUGCUGCGCUCUGACUAAGAUCACUCUUUGUCUCUUCUAUCGGCGCCUAUCCCCGAAUCCUACAUAUCAAGCGGCAGUAUGGGCUACCAUUUUCCUCUGCGCUGGAGCGUACACGGGCAUUUUCUUCAGCCUUAUCUUUGCAUGCAAGCCGAUUGCUGCUAGUUGGAACCCAUUGCUACUUCCCAUUGCGAAAUGCUCCAACCGAGGAGCCAUCUACAUCGCUACGGCAGUGAUUGGCGUUGUCACUGAUGUGAUGCUAAUGGGAAUUCCCGUUCCAACAAUCUGGGGUCUACAGAUGCCAACCAAGCAAAAAGUUGGAUUGACUGCUAUCUUUGCCAUCGGAUCAAUUACCAUGGUCACGUCCAUCAUUCGUCUUGUUGUGCUAAUUCCAUCUCUUACCAAUAUGGACCAAACUUGGGUCAUUGCGGAAGGUAGUCUGUGGAUUAUUGUUGAAGCCAACUUGUUCAUCGUGUGCUGUUGCUUGCCUACCCUACGACGCUUUUUCCGACACGUGGCACCGCAUAUCAUUGGCGAGAGCUCAGGCGGUGAUUCCGAGCAAAAAGACACAUCUGGUCGCAACCGCGGACUACGUACGUGGGGAAGCUUAGGACCGAAGCGUCCGAAGUUCGACACAUUGAUGAAUACUGUGGACGGCAUGGAAGGCGAAGAUUACAUUCCUCUUUCAGGCACGGGAGACAAGACGGGCGUGAAUGUCCGAGAGUCCAAGAUACGACCAGGAAACAAGGAAAUAAGAGGGGACAAUGAUAGCGAGGAAGCUAUUCUAUACGAGCGGACCGUUCAAGUCACUUAUGGCGGUGGAUCGGCGGGCGACCCAGCAGUGGGCAAGCCAGUGAACCCUCAAACACAAAGAAUUUGGGCAGAAGGUCAAAAUAAUCGCGCUUGA